AUGAAAACUUAAAGCAACUUUCGAAUCACAUCAAAUUUAAAUAAUUAAAUUUCCAACAACAAACUUUUAAUCACCCAUUCCCACACAAAGUCGCAUAAGAUGCAUAAAAGUAUUCACUCAGCCAAAAAUACAAGGUUUAACUCUAACAAUUUAAACUCUAAUAACUCCUCAGGUCUCUUAUUACGUAGAUAAGAUUCUAUUCACUCUGAGAGAAAAAGAGAUAUUAAGCAGACAAGAAAAGCUUCGUUGUUUACAAAGCUACAAAAGAAGCAGGAAGGUUUACUUUCUGAGGACGACAACAUAGACAGCUUGAAUUUCCAUACUCCUGCAGAAGCUAUCUUAGACGCAUCUGAAUAGAACUCCAUAUUCUCCGAGGAUAAACUACUGUUUGACGAUGAUUACAUGCUAGAUACUAACUAAGAUCUUCCCAUUAGAAAGCCAUAGUCUGCUUAUGUAAUUUUUGGAAAAAUGAAAAGAGACCUGAUUAUGAAGCAGAACCCAGGAAUAAAAGUGACAGAAGUUGUAAAGUAAAUCGCAAAACUGUGGUAAAGCCUAACAAAAGAGGAAAAACUCAAAUACAAGGAGGCUGCGAAAUAGGACAAGGAAAGGUAUAUUUAGGAAUUAAGGGAGCUUACAAAAAGCAAUAAGAAUCUUGAUAAGCCCAAAAAGCCUCUGACACCGUACAUGCUUUUCACAAGACCAAAGGUUGUUCGUGAUAAUCCAAAUAUACCAUCACUUGAUAUUAUGAAAGAAGUAGGAAGAAUUUGGUAAAAUAUAACUAAGGAAGAACUAUCUUACUUCAAGUAAAAAUCUGAUGUCGAUCUUGAACGAUACAAGAGAGAGCAUUAGAGAUUUAUUGAAGAGAUCAAUGAGUUGAGAGCUUAAUCAACCAAGGAAAGGCUAGAGAAAAAGACAUUUCUUGACAAUGGAAUGUCAUCAGAAAGGGUGCCAACAUUUGGUUAUAAAAGCUAAUACGAGAGUCAUUUAUCAGCUAUUGCAAGCUAACCAAUAAAUCUAAAAAGAAGAAAGCUCGAGCCAGGUGAAAUGAUUGAGAAUAGUUCGUCUAAAAUGAUAUAAGGAACUCCUUUAAAGACCGGAAAAAUUUACUCACAUUUAACUGAAGAUACUCCAUCUACAAAUCAUGAGGAACCUGUCAGUCCUUACAUGAGAGCGAAAAGAGAAGUAGCAAGACCUAAGAAGCCCCUGUCUGCUUACAUAUACUUCAGCUAAGAGUAUAGAGAAAAAUUGAAAGACCAGCAUCCCGAGUGGUCUUCCAAUGAAAUCAUGAGGCAUGUUAGCGCCAAAUGGUCUCACAUGGAUAAAAAACAAAAAGAACCAUAUAACUAAAUGGCAGCUUAAGAUAAAGCCCGAUAUGAUAAACAGCUAUUAGAGUUUACGCAUAUCACUGACAACAAAGAGCAUGUGUUUGAGUUUAGGAAGCCCCGAAGAUCCUUUGAUACUUCUGAAAACACAAGCCAUCAAAGAUAGGAAAUUCAAAUUUCAGAUAGCAAAAAGAGCUCAUAAAAUUUAAAAGAAUCUGCAACCAAAGAUUCUUGUAGAAAUCAAACAUCAUAACACGAGGAUAUGUAUUUUAAGUAAUAUGAUAGUGAGAUUAAACUACCAAUGCCAUCAAAGUAAUAUCAAAAUGUUGACCCUGAGUAGAACAUUCCAUUUACUCCAUUCAACUAUAACUACCUCUAAUAGUAAUAACCUAAUUACAACAACCAGAACAUAAAUAAUGCUGCCAAUAAUGUGCAAUAAUCAGAUAAUCAUCUAGCAACCCCACACCAUAGUUUCUUGCUUCACUCUCCUCUCAUGAGACCUCUCUAUCAGGAUUUUAACCUAGCAAGCAGCUUCCAUAAAUUAAAUUAUGAGGAAGAUGCCCUGGGAGAAGAUAUAGACAACGUCAAUUAUGAGAAUUAAUUUAGUUUACCUAAUAUUUUAGCGUUUGAUGAGCAAAGCUUUUUCCAAAAGUUAGACUCAUUCAACUCAAAGUUUGUUACAUAGUAAGGAUAAAAUGAGACGCAGAAUCUAAACCAUGAGAUGUUUGAUAGCUACGGCAUGAACAAUUAAAGAAGGUUCAAUUGA